AUCGCAGCUUGUAUGGAAGUACAAAAGUGCAAGAGUAUGUUCAGCUUGCAGCCACAAGCAAUGAUGUCUUUGGGGACAAAGACGGAAAUGCAAAAAAAGCCAGCAUUCUUUUGUCAACAAAAAGAGGGUACAUUUUCAUCCAAACAGACAAGCCAAUUUAUAAUCCAGGAGAAAAUGUCAAAUACAGAAUCUUCACACUAGACAACUUCAUGAUCCCCAUAAAGGAUGAAAUCCAUGUUCAAAUAAUUAACUGCAAAGGCUUUAUUGUUUACAAUCAUAUUUUGGUUUCUGACCAAAUUUUGGAAAAAACUAUCACUAUACCAGGAGUAGAGCAGGCAGGCAAAUGGAAAAUCAUUGCGUCAUAUCAUAAGUACCCUGAAUCUACCACAUCAUUGGAGUUUGAGGUCAAGGAAUACGUUUUGCCCACAUUUGAGGUUACCAUUGAGGCUCCACAGCCUUACCAUAUUUUGAAGAGCAAGUCCUUUCCAUUCAACAUCUCUGCUAGAUAUACUUAUGGGAAGGGGGUCAAUGGCAUAGCAUAUAUUCGAUUUGGACUUAUUGAUGAAAAGGGUAAUAAGAUAUAUCUUCCAGGCACUGAAAAGCAGAUAGCAGUAGAGGAUGGUACUGCAGAAACAGAGGUACGCACUGAGGACUUAAAGACAGCAUCAGAAAAUAACACUCAAGGCCAUAUAGAGGGAUAUUAUCUUUACAUUGCAGUCUCGGUUUUGGAAAAAGCAAGUGGCAAUCUGGAGGAAGCUGAGAGCUCUUCUGUGAAGAUUGUGACAUCCCCAUAUGUUGUUGAUCUGUCAAAAACCAAGACGUAUUUCACCCCAGGUGGCGUGUUUUCCGUUUUGGCUACUGCAACUUAUCCAGAUGGCAACAGAGUUCCAAACUUGAAAUUUACAGCCACUGUUACAAUAGAAGGCUCACCAGAGCAUAUUCUGAAAAAUGAGGGCCGGGGAAAUGACAUGGGAGAUGUAGCCAUGUCGUUUCAAAUACCACCACACGCUAAGAAUUUAGCUGUAACAGUUUUUGCCGAGGGGAGAGACCAGGAGGUCAUUCGUAGUGAUAAAAAGAUGACGGCCAGUGCAACAAAAGCAGAAGAACACAGCUAUCUUAGUUUGGAAGUGGAGCAUCAGGUUCUACAGCCCGGAGAGGCCUUGAAAGCCACAUUACGGGACAUUACACCUCAGAGUGCAGCAAAACCCACAUUCAUUUACUUUAUGGUUUGGAGUAAGGGACAAAUUGUGCAGGUGGGAAGGGUGCCGAGAACUGAAAUCACAACAGUCAAUGUGAAUGUCAAUGUGGAGAUGGUGCCUUCUUUUCGCCUGGUAGCCUACUAUUUUACAGAUUCUUCACCAAAAGAAAAAAUAGUGGCUGACUCUGUGUGGGUCGAUGUGAAAGACGUAUGCAAAGGCAAGGUAGAAACUGAUCCACUGCCUGAGAUAAAACCUGCAACUAAGUUUGAAGUGACGGUCAGAACAGAUCCAAAGACCAAGGUGGCUCUUGCUGCAGCGGACUCAGCAGUUUAUAUUCUGAGCAAAAACAAACUAAGCCUUCAAAAGAUGUUCGAGUAUAUGAACUCGUAUGACCUGGCCUGCUCGAUCGGAGGAGGAGAGGAUUCCAGUGCUGUUCUUCAGAGAGCUGGGCUAACUUUCAUGUGUAACUGUGAUAUGGAAACCCCUAAACCUCUAGAGCAUAAGUGUUACAAAUUUAAACCUGAACCUCGCAUCAGAAGAGCAGCGGACUAUGUUAAAAAAUACAAUGAAGUCGUCAACAGCUUCAAGGACCAUGACAGGAAAUGCUGUCUUGAUGGUGUAAGGCCUAACAAAAUGCAUACGUCCUGUGAUGAGCGUCUCAAAAGAGUAAAAGAAUCGGACAGCUGUCGUAAGGCUUUUAAACAGUGCUGCGAAGCUGCAAAUGAGAGGAGGAAGAGGGAGAAGUUUGAGAAGAGAAAAACCAGCCUUGGAAGAGUCGUCGACGACACAUUGGACAAAAUUGUGAUUAAUGAGGACGCUAUCUACCUUCGUAAAUACUUCCCACAGUCAUGGAUGUGGACAGUCAUUCAUACAGAUAGCACCGGCAUUAUCAGGCAUGAUGCAGUUGCUCCUGAUUCCAUAACCACUUGGGAAAUCCAGGCUGUGGGCAUUUCUCCCACAAAAGGAUUCUGCAUUGCAGAACCAAAGCCCCUGAGGGUCUUCCAGGAUUUCUUCUUGUCCGUCAACCUACCUUACUCUGUGAAGAGAAAUGAGCAGCUUCAGGUUAAAGCUGUUGUGUACAAUUACAAGCAAGAGAGUUUAAAGACAAUAGUGAAGAUGGAUAAGAAGGAAGGUUUGUGCACUGCUGGUGGGAGUGAGGUGAAGGAGGAGGUUGUGGUUCCUGGUAACUCAGCGGUGGCUGUGUAUUUUACCGUGGUGCCCCUUGUUAUUGGAAAUAUCCCCAUCACCGUGCUGGCUUAUGCCUCAGACACUGUUAAUGACCGAGUAGAAAAGGAGCUCCGUGUGGAGGGGGAAGGGGAAAUCGCCACUAUUGACAGGGAGUACAACAUUGAUCCAAACUUGAGGAAAUUAGAGAUUGAUAUUCCAGUCCCUGCUGAUGAGAUCCCUGGUGGGGUGGACUCCGAAAUCAAUUUGAGUUUAAAAGGUGGAGUGAUGGGCGAGUCUGUAAAUAACUGUUUAAACCUGGAGGGUAUCGAUAAACUCAUUCAGCUGCCCACUGGCUGUGCGGAGCAGACUAUGGUGAAGAUGUCUCCUGCUAUUCAUGCCAUGAGGUACCUGGAUGCCACCAAACAAUGGAUAUCACUGAAAGCUGAACGCAGAGAUGAGGCCCAAUCGAUGAUCCAAACCGGUUACAACACAGUCCUCACACACAAGAAAGUUGAUGGCUCUUACGGAGCGUUUCUGAGGACUCCAAGCAGUAUUUGGCUUACAGCAUUUAUUGCCAAGGAGCUGACAGAGACUCGGGACAUUAUCAAUGUGAAAGACUCUUAUAUUCAGGAGUCUAUGUCUUAUCUCAUGUCCAAACAGAAGAGCAAUGGUGCAUGGGAUGAUCCUAAUCGACUCUAUGAUAGAGGAAUGAAGGGAGGAGUUGGACAGGCGAAAGAUGAUGUUCCCCUAACUGCUUUUAUCCUUAUUUCAAUGAACCAUGCUUUGAAAUUGUACGAACUGGGAAGCGACACAGAACUGAGAGUUGCAAUGGAUAGAGCAAAGUCCUACCUAGAGGGACAGUCGGAUGCUUUGGAAAGUACCUAUUCGCUUGCCAUUACAGCUUAUGCCUUGUCAUUGCAUGACCAGCCAAGUGCAGAAGCCCAACAGGCACACCGAAAGCUAAAAAGCAUUGCUAAUUGUGACAACACAAAGUGUUUCUGGAAUUCCAAGGGUGGCAGAGGUAAAUCAGCUGGUAAAGCAGACGCUGAAUCUGUGGAGACCACAGCAUAUGCUCUGCUCAGCGCACUGUCUCUGCGUGACAAGGCCACCGCUAAACUCACUGCAAACUGGCUGACAGAGCAGCGCAAAUAUGGUGGUGGAUUCCAGUCCACACAGGACACAGUCGUGGCCCUUGAGGCUCUGGCGAAAUACAGCAUGCAGAACAAUGAUGUAGAAGACUUGAAUCUGAGGGUAGAAAUGUGCCUUGAAAAUGGCCGAAAACAAGAUUUACACUUGACCAAAUAUAAUGCACUCACCGCAACAGCUGUUAAGGUCAGAAAUGUUGGUAAAGUUUCACUAAAUGUUCAGGGAACAGGACGUGGAACAUUAGCAGUUGUGCAGACAUAUAGAACUAUGAAGAAGGAUGAAUCACACUGUGAUCUAUUUCACCUUAGUGUUACAGUGAAAGGAGAGCUGGAAUACAAAAUAUACAAUAAAGAAGAAAUGUUUGAGGACUAUUACAAUUACGACGUCGAUGAAGAUCAAAAAGAUGAGCCCAUGAGCAGCAUAGAAUGGUUUGAUCUUCGCAACCGCAGAAAAAGACAAAUCUCAGAGGAGCCAAAGAGAGAGAGUUCAGUCAUAUACACAGUGUGUGUGGGCAUGAAAAAGAAGAAUACUGUUGGCAUGGUCAUGGUGGAAAUCUCACUUCUAAGCGGACUUAUACCAAACGCCAAAGAUUUGGAACAUAAUGUAAAGGGCACAGAGAGGUACAUUGAUCACUAUGAAGUCCAUCAUAAUAAAGUCUUUCUUUAUUUUGCAAAGAUCACCGAAACCGAGGAGUGUCUUCAGUUUGGUGCUGAGCAGGUUGUUCCCAUGGGCCUUGUCCAACCUGCUUCUGCUGUCAUCUAUGACUAUUACAGCCCAGAAAAGAGAUGUGGCAUAUUCUAUACAGCCCCUCACAAAAGCCCAAUGAUCUCCAAACUUUGUAGCGGGGAUUUGUGUACAUGUGCAGAAGGAGGAUGUCCAAGGCUGAAAGUCACCUUCAGCAAGGAUAUGAAACACAACACCCGGAGUAGUUAUGCAUGUUACAGUCCUGGUGUUGACUAUGCCUAUGUGAUCAAAAUUCUCAACUCAAGCACUGAUGACGUUUUUAUGUACUACACCACAUUAAUCACUGACGUUCUUCAGACUGGGUUGUUGGAUUCUGGUAUUCAGAAACAUGCCACACGUCAGAUGAUACUGCGCUUAUCUUGUGACGAACUGGAGCUGAAAAAUGAAGCCCACUAUCUGAUCAUGGGGCAGAACGACGCAAUAUCAGUGCUCAAUAACAACGGACAACAUUUCAGGUAUGUGCUGAACAAUGACAUGUGGAUCGAGAGGAUACCAGAAGAAAAGAACUGCAAGGCAACCAUAAAUCGCUCUGCCUGCCAUCUUCUUAAUGAAUUUAUAAAGCAACACCCCAUCAAACGCUGUGACAUUUAGAAGUCAAGAUGGAAAAUAACCACUUACAUCAUUAUUAUUUGGCUCGGUAAAUGAAGUGCUUUUAUUUCUAGUGCAUACUGACAUAUUAAAGAGACUGUUACAGUUGUUUGGUACAUUGGAAACUAGAGUCUGAAGCAUUUCAAUUCAGUUUUUCAUGUGUAUUGGCAAUACAGUAGCUUCAAGUUACCCUUCAUUCUGUCACAGUCAAAUGGGAAGAAUUUGACAUGACGACCUUUAACUUUUCUGUAUCACAACCUUCAUCAUAAAUCAUGGGUACUCUUUUUAGGGGUACUUUUAGAGAUGCUACAUUUCUGACAAAUAUUCACGAUUCAUUAUUGCAGUUAAAUACUGUUUCAAAUGCUUCACGUGUUCCGUUGUUGUUAUACACUGUACAGUUUUAUUACAGAAUACUGUAUUUAGUGGCUUAAAAAACACUGGCUUUUGCUCGCAGACAUUUGUCAAAUCAGAAUCACGACUCUAUAUAAAGUACAAAUGUGCUCCUGA